GACAAACGUGAGGUUUUCUCAACAACUCAAUAUUUCGUCGAGCACACUAUCCUUAUUAUGAGCUCUGGGAGGAGAUUAGCACCACAAUCUGUGGUCCGCGCUACGAACCAGCUAGGAUACGACAUGCUAGCCCAGCUUUGCGCUGAUGGCAUUCCAUCCAGCGGAACUGUUGUGUCAGCCUUGUCGAUAACCAUUGCCCUUGCGAUGCUCGCAGGAGGAGCAGACGAGAACAACUGCACAAGCCUGUGUACGAAACUUGGAUUGGGAAAUUUAGACGACCUUACCACUACACUAUCACAGUUGCAGGAUACAUUGAUUCGCGCCUCCGAUGGAGGACCACAGUUCACCAUUGCUAACGCUGUGUUCGCGGACAAAGACGCAGGAAUAAUUUCCACAUAUAUUCGAUACCUGGAACGUUUUGAUGCACACUUAGAUUGCAGUUUUACUCGCUUGGUUGAUGGUACGGACCAGAUAAAUGGCUGGAUAUCGUGCCAGACGAAUGGUCUAAUUCCAUCCAUGCUUAGUCGCCAGAUCCUCGCUCAGGCCAACGCAGUUCUGGUUAAUGCACUUGUUUUCAAGGCCAAGUGGCAAGAAAAAUUCAACCCAAAGAAUACCGUUAGGGACUUUCCUUUCCACACUUCCGACUGCAGAACGACCACAGUGGAGAUGAUGUUCCUUCAUCAACAAGAGGUCCUGGUUUCUCGAAAUUCCGAUUAUACAGCGGCCUGUCUUCCUUACGAAUCGUAUGAUUCCUCAAAGUGGUCAUUUAUUGCAUGUUUACCGAAUGAAGAUAAGUCCGUGAACGAUAUACUCCCUAGUAUUCGCCGUCAGUGCAUUCCACGCAAUUUCCACCGAACGAAGCUCAUGCGAUUUGGUCUGCCUAAAUUCAACCUUAGAACGCAGGAAAGCAUAGCAUCCCGUCUUCGUGAGCUAGGGUAUCCUAUCUCGGGAACAUUUCCUGGUAUUGCAGCGGGAUUCAUGGUCGAACAUGUUAUACACAGUGUUGCUAUUGUCCUGGAUGAGAACGGUACAGAAGCUGCGGCCGCUACUGCGGUGGUGCUGACGCGCAGCAGGCAGAAGCCUUUACCAUCCGUUGUCUUCGAUAGACCAUUUGUAUUCUUGAUUGUGGAGCAGAGUACGAACGUGGUAGUAUUCACGGGGGUAUAUUCUGCGCCGUAGAGUUAACAAUUGACACUCUAGUUAUGUUCGUGGCUUAAUAAAGGAUGAAUAAGUGGUUUCUCCCAAUCGCGGUCACAUUUUAAGUUCAACAGGAAUGUUUAAUAACAGCUCACAAGGAAUAACAAGCCAUCGCUGGCCUUUUCAACAUCUA